AGACAGCUGAGCUCAUUCUGGUUCCAGAAUAGCAGAGCACAGAGGUCUGAAAAAUGAAGAUCUUCAUUUUCCUAAUUCUGCUUGCGGUGACUACAUCUUUCGGUGAGUGGUUGGACCAAGAUGCAGGAGGAAUUGCAGAGGAGCUCCUUAAGAAAGAUACUAAACCAGCUGUGACAGACGCAGCAGCGAACGUGGCCGGAUUACUGCGCAAGAUCGCCCAGGGUGACGUCUCCCCCAAUGUCGCUGAUGAAAAGGACAGCGUGCUGCAGGCGCUGAAAUCUCUGAGCAUCAGCGCUGAACCCGAUGAAGGCACCGAAGAGUACUUCAUAAUGCUAAUUGUGAAGGCCAUUGCCAUUGGACUAGGCACGGGAGUAUUCUCGGCUGGAGUGAAACAUCUCGUGGAGAGGAACCAAGCCAAGCGAGACGGCUAAUAAAUCUAUAGUGAAAUUUUCAACGUAGAGUCACAUCAGAUCAGUACCGAAACCGAGCCUCCUGGGCCUAUAUAGAAGGCAGUAGGUGUCACUAGCGUACAGAUUAUCGACCAUCGUGUCGUUGUAUGGGGUGUUUUAAAUAACCUAAACUAGAUAUGAAUGGAAACAAGAAACCUAAUGGCCUGAUCCCUGUUAAAUCACAACCACAUGAGGCCGGUGCGAGCUGAAACCUCCGCUGCCUGUUCCUAAUGUUCAGGUUGCAUGGUAUGUGAGCAAUCGAAAGGGUGUGGCACAUCCACCUCCGUGGCAUGAGUGGUGCAGGCUAGCACCCUCGGGGUUGGGUCUUGAACACAUGAAUAGAUACCCGAAAUUGUUGACGUGCGCCAUCGUCAGAAACGCCCGCGUAAUGCGGAGGCUGGGAUUCGACUUCCAACGAAGGCAUCCUGUUUUUUCGGCCCCAUUCAUUUCACUAUGCCGUAAAAUUUCAUCAUUCCAAU